AUGGUGCUGUCCUCAACCAGCAGACCUUCUAUGGAGUCCACACCAGAUGCCCCAAGUCAUAUGAAUGGGUCUUUUCCUAAUUCACAACCAGCUGAAAUUAUUUCAAUUUAUGUCUCUCUGUUCAUCACCCUUCUGGGAACAGCUGGCAAUGCACUUGUCAUCUGGUUUCUCCUCUUCCCCUUCAAGAAGAACCCUUUUACUGUUUAUAUCCUACACCUCUCAAUUGCUGACUUGACUUUCCUUCUUUGCAUAUCUACUAUACAUACAGGAAUAAUAAUUUUCUACAAUUUUAAUAUUCAAUCAUUUGCACUAAGGUCAUUUCUGAUCAUUUUUUAUAUGAUGGUUCUCUUUGGCUACAACACUGGCCUCUUCCUCCUGACAGCCAUCAGCGUAGAGAGGUGUCUUUCAGUCCUUUACCCCAGUUGGUACAAAUGCCAACGCCUAAAGCACCAAUCUGCAAUUGUCUGUACUUUGCUGUGGGUACUCUCUGUUUUUGUGAGCUUGUUAGGUUUUUUGUGUUUGUGGGCAACAGAGCCCAAAUUCCCUUUCAGACCAUGUACUGUUGUGGAAGUAUUUUUGCUUAUCUUGAAUUUCCUUGUGUUUGCCCCUCUCAUGGUCUUCUCAAACUUGAUCCUCUUCAUCAAGGUCUUCUGUCACCUGAAGCACCACCAACCAGACAAGAUUUACAUUAUCAUCAUAACCACAGUCCUUCUAUUCCUUUUCUUUGCUAUGCCUUUAAGAGUCGUGGUGAUGAUGUAUAACUUUAAAGAUGAAAACUAUGAGUCUCUGAGAUUGUUACGUCCAUAUGUGAACAUAUUAUCCAUUAUCAAUAGUACUGUCAACCCAAUUGUCUACUUGGUAGUUGGUGGGAUCAGGAGAAAGAGAACCAGAAAGUCUUUGAAAGAUACAUUGCAAAGAGUCUUUGAGGAUAAGCCACACUCAAGAAUGAGAUCAUAG